AUGGAGUCGGACCGUUGUGAAGACACCUCGGCAAUGCUAAACUACGGCCUGGAUGUGAAACCCAUGAGGAUGGUUGCCAGUCCCGGAACUGGACCCAGACAUACCAUUGACAACAUUCUGGGACUCGUGCGGAAGGACGAAAAUGAGCGCGACCGCGCCGCGACGCCCGGAAACACCGAAAGCGCAGGCGAAGGAAGUUGCAACUCAAACGACGGUGUCUCUGAACUCCGAUACGGGAAAAUAUCGGGUCCUGUAGGAAGCGGUUCCGAAGAUGAAGGAACAGUCAAUAAUUCCGGUUUAUCAGAGGGAGACGGAUGCAAGAAAAAGCACAGGAGAAAUAGGACCACGUUUACAACAUAUCAACUACACGAACUAGAACGCGCCUUUGAGAAAAGUCAUUAUCCUGAUGUUUACAGCAGAGAGGAACUUGCCAUGAAAGUCAACCUCCCGGAAGUCAGAGUGCAGGUUUGGUUCCAGAACCGACGCGCCAAGUGGCGGCGCCAGGAGAAGAUGGAGGCGGCGAGGUUGGGUCUGAGCGAGUACCACGCCGUCUCCUCCUUAUCACGAGCCACGGGUUCUACUCUAGCUCUCCCCAUGGACCCCUGGCUGUCGCCUCCACUGCUCUCCGCUCUGCCGGGGUUCCUCAGCCACCCUCAGACGGGGUACCCCAGCUACCUCACAUCGCCCAUCGCGACGGACCCCAACAGACCCCCACCUGUCGCACACUCCCACUCCCCCACUGUCACCCCCGAUCUCAGGACUACCUCAAUUGCAGCACUGCGUCUCAAAGCCAAGGAACAUGUGGAGAACAUCACCAAAGGACUACAAAUGGUGUAGGUGCGGUUCCAGUGACAAUCAUUUUGUACAUAUCUGUGUUGCGUUAACUGUAAAUAUCAAUGUGUAUAUUUUGUCUCAAUUAUUGUGUAUAUUUAUUAUGAUAGUUGUUGGACUUUUUGUGAUCGAGUGUUAAGUACAGGGUGCUGCAUUUUGGAGGUUUAGCCAAAAACGAGUAAUACAUUCUGGGGCUCAUUUUUUGAGAAAAUAAUAUUGGUUAAAACCGCAUCCCGCUAU